GGCGGGUGCGCGACGGCUGCAGAGAGUGCCACUCGCCGCAGCCGCUCUAUUUCUCCAACGUGACGCUGGUGAGGCACGCCGGCGCCGCGGGCGGCGGCGGCGGCGGCGGCGGCAGGGGCGGCGGCGAGGAGGAGGAGGAGGACGAGAUGGAGUCGCUCCUCAAGAAGCUGCGCAAGAAGAAUGCGAGCCAGCUCGCCUCGCUCGGCCUGAGCGUGGGCAAGCCGCUGCCUAACAAGGGCGCGUGCAAGCACUUCAAGCACUCGUACCGCUGGCUGCGCUUCCCGUGCUGCGGCCGCGCCCACCCGUGCGCCACCUGCCACGCCGCCUCCGACUGCCCGGCGGCGGCGGCGGGGCAGGCGGUGUGGGCGACGCGCAUGCUCUGCGGCAAGUGCUCGCGCGAGAUGCCGUACUCGGACAGGCCGUGCUCCUCCUGCGGCAACACCUUCACGCGCCCGGGAGGGGGGCACUGGCAGGGCGGCGACGGCUGCCGCGACCAGACGCGGCUCGCAAAGUCCGACAGCCGGAAGCACAAGGGCACCUCGGCCGCCGGCGCCAAGAAGACGGUCAGCGCAAAGUCGCAGCGCGUCGGCGCCGCGGGCUCGCGCGCCACCGCCGCAAAGAAGCUGGCCAUGGCGCGGCCGGCUUAGGGAGCCUCUGCCAAAGGUUGUACCGGAGUCAGUCGGCACGAAAGAAGAGAUCUACCUCUUAUGUGGUCGUCAACUGGCCCCGUGGGCGGGAGCGGUGGCGCGGUAUAAAGCUACAAUACGAGUUGGUGUGGAGUUGGUGGGGGCCGACAGGUGGGCCGUGCCCGGGGUUCUUGGCGAGGGCCUGAGGCCCGAGGGCCGAGGGGCGCUGGGAAAUCCUGUCACCUUGUCGCGCCAUUCCCGUGCCAUUGUUAAAGUAAAAAAACAUGGCCGUCUC